GCACCCGAGGCGGCAGGCGGAAGCGGAAGUCGGGGGCGCGCCGGCUCGCAGUGGGGAGAGCUGCGGCGUCAGGUCGGGUUCCUGAGUCGCCAUGGGGCGCGGCAGCGGCACCUUCGAGCGUCUCCUAGACAAAGCGACCAGCCAGCUUCUUCUGGAGACCGACUGGGAGUCCAUCCUCCAGAUCUGUGACCUGAUCCGCCAGGGGGACACGCAAGCAAAAUAUGCAGUGAGCUCCAUCAAGAAGAAAGUCAAUGACAAGAAUCCCCACGUGGCCUUAUAUGCCCUAGAGGUCAUGGAGUCUGUGGUGAAGAACUGUGGCCAGACGGUUCAUGAUGAGGUGGCGAACAAGCAGACCAUGGAGGAGCUGAAGGAGCUGCUGAAGAGGCAGGUGGAAGUAAAUGUCCGAAACAAGAUCCUGUACCUGAUUCAGGCCUGGGCGCAUGCAUUCCGGAACGAGCCCAAAUACAAGGUCGUUCAGGACACGUACCAGAUCAUGAAGGUGGAAGGACACGUCUUCCCAGAGUUCAAGGAGAGCGAUGCCAUGUUUGCGGCGGAGAGAGCCCCCGACUGGGUGGAUGCUGAGGAGUGCCACCGGUGCCGGGUGCAGUUCGGGGUCAUGACCCGCAAGCACCACUGCCGGGCAUGCGGCCAGAUCUUCUGCGGCAAAUGCUCCUCCAAGUAUUCCACCAUCCCCAAGUUUGGCAUCGAGAAGGAGGUGCGUGUGUGCGAGCCCUGCUACGAGCAGCUCAACAAGAAAGCGGAGGGAAAGGCCGCCUCGACGACGGAGCUGCCCCCGGAGUACCUGACUAGCCCCCUGUCACAGCAGUCCCAGCUGCCCCCCAAGAGGGAUGAGACGGCCCUGCAGGAGGAGGAGGAGCUUCAGCUGGCCCUGGCCCUGUCCCAGUCCGAGGCUGAGGAGAAGGAGAGAAUGAGACAGAAGUCGGCCUAUGCCGCGUACCCCAAGGCGGAGCCCACCCCUGUGGCCUCGUCAGCGCCCCCCGCCAGCAGCCUGUACUCUUCGCCCGUGAACUCGUCGGCGCCUCUGGCUGAAGACAUCGACCCCGAGCUCGCCCGGUACCUCAACCGGAACUACUGGGAGAAGAAGCAGGAGGAGGCUCGGAAGAGCCCCACGCCCUCAGCACCGGUGCCUCUGACGGAGCCCGCCGCCCAGCCCGGGGAGGGACACACAGUCCCUGCCAGUGUGGAGACUUCCCUCCCGGAGACAGACCCUCAGCCUGUAAAUCCGGCCGGAGGCCCCUUUAGUGAGCAAUACCAGAAUGGGGAGUCGGAGGAGAGCCACGCACAGUUCCUGAAAGCCCUGCAGAAUGCCGUCACCACCUUUGUCAACCGCAUGAAGAGCAACCACGUGCGGGGCCGCAGCAUCACCAACGACUCGGCCGUGCUGUCCCUUUUCCAGUCCAUCAACGGCAUGCACCCCCAGCUGCUCGAGCUGCUCAACCAGCUGGAUGAGCGCAGGCUGUACUACGAGGGGCUGCAGGACAAGCUGGCGCAGAUCCGUGACGCCCGGGGGGCACUCAGUGCCCUGAGGGAGGAGCACCGGGAGAAGCUGCGCCGCGCAGCCGAGGAGGCCGAGCGCCAGCGCCAGAUCCAGCUGGCCCAGAAGCUGGAGAUCAUGCGGCAGAAGAAGCAGGAGUACUUGGAGGUGCAGCGGCAGCUGGCCAUCCAGCGCCUGCAGGAGCAGGAGAAGGAGCGGCAGAUGCGCCUGGAGCAGCAGAAGCAGACCAUCCAGAUGCGGGCCCAGAUGCCAGCCUUCUCCCUGCCCUAUGCCCAGCUCCAGGCCAUGCCCGCAGCGGGGGGCGUGCUGUACCAGCCCUCUGGCCCAGCAAGCUUUGCGGGGACCUUCAGCCCGGCGGGCUCAGUGGAGGGCUCUCCCAUGCACACCAUGUACAUGAGCCAGCCGGCCCCAGCCACCAGCGGCCCCUACCCCAGCAUGCCCGGUGCCACAGCAGAUCCCAGCAUGGUGAGCGCUUACAUGUACCCAGCAGGGGCCGCUGGCACGCAGGCAGCCCCUCAGGGCCCCACCGGGCCCACCACCAGCCCGGCCUACUCAUCCUACCAGCCCACUCCCACGCAGGCCUAUCAGAACGUGGCUUCCCAGGCCCCGCAGAGCCUCCCAGCCAUCUCCCAGCCUCCACAGUCCAGCACCAUGGGCUACAUGGGGAGCCAGUCAGUGUCCAUGGGCUACCAGCCUUACGGCAUGCAGAAUCUCAUGCCCACCCUCCCCGGCCAAGACGCACCUCUGCCGCCCCCGCAGCAGCCCUACAUCUCGGGGCAGCAGCCCGUGUACCCACAGAUGGCACCGUCUAGCGGCCCUCCCCAGCAGCAGCCCCCAGUGGCCCAGCAGCCGCCACCACAGGGGCCGCCGCCACAGGGCAGCGAAGCCCAGCUCAUCUCGUUUGACUGACCCCGGUUGGGAGCUCCCCGUCCAGAGUAACACUACGGUUCUCCAAAACCACCGCCUCCGUCUCUAACUAGCGUCGUCCUGCUGCCUCGCUUUCUCCCUUCUGUGUGUAGUGUCCCUGCUCUGCGCGGGUGGGGUGGCCCUUCACCCUGGCCCUUCUCCGUCUUUGUCCUUGCCUGCUGGCUCCUCGUCCCCCCAGGCCCCAUCCUUGUCCCUGUCUUCUUGAGUUGGUGUCUGACUCCUCUCCCCAGGGCUGGGCCUCGGCGGGGAGGGUGGAAGGGAAGGACUUUCUCUGAGAGGGAGCCCCCAGCCCAGCACGUCAGGUCCCGAGAGGGCCAGGUGGAGUGGGGUCUCUGCCCCACACAGCUCAUGCCCUCCCAUUCCCACCCAGGAGACCUUAGGGCCUGUGGCCUGUGACUAGCGUGAGUCCUCCCCUGCAGGCUGUCAGCAGGGGUGCUUCUGGCCCUCACAGGAAGGGUGGGGCCUGUCUCCAGCUUCUCUGCUUCUGAGCCGUCAUCUCACCCAGUGCCCUGAGUAGACAGAAUGGAACAGUGAUAAUAAAAUGUCUUUCAACAAGUAUUCGGGUGUUUGCAGAGAGAAGGUGCUGGGCAGCUGGUCCAGCUGUGGACAGGGGUGUAUAAGGUGCCUCCCCACAGGCCAGCUGCCCCUCGCCCCAGGCCCAGCUCCACAGGAGUCUCAACUGGUGGACGCUGCUCGGCCUUGAGAUCUGCCGUCUUCCUCCCUGAGACUGAGCACUGAGGAGCUGUCCUCUCUCCACCCAGCCCUGUGCUGCCCUGACUCCAGUCUGAGUCUG